AUGGCCGCACCUCCAAGUCAUUUGAAACUGCUGGACCGAGACAUCUACGGUUUCCCUAGCAACAGGAGCAUCUGUGACGUAGAUGGUCACGUGCUCAACCUCCUACAACUGGACGACAAGCUCGUCUCGCCGUUUGGUGAGCAAAGUUUCAGGAAGGUCAGGGACGUUGCCAUGAGGGCGGACGACGUCCUACUUUGUGGCUAUCCUAAAACCGGCUGCCACUGGACAUGGGAGAUACUGCGAAUGAUGGUCACCAAAAAUGCUACAACUUCAAAGAUGGGGAAAACCCUGACUUUUCUGGAAAUCAUCUCCAUGCAUUUAGUGGAGGAAGUAGAGAGCCCCCGUGUGUUAAACACUCAUCUGUGGUACAAUUAUCUACCUGCACAGGUAAGUUGUGCUACAGGUUUUGACCUGCAUAGGUUUGUUGCGAUACAGGAGAUUACUUUAACGGUCGACUAUGGAUCGUACUUCGAUUAUUAUUUUGAUUGGGACCACGUGAUCAAAACCAACCCAGACCAUCCCAUACUGCUGGUGUCUUAUGAGGACAUGAAGGAGGAUCUACCAAGGGAGAUAAGAAAGAUGGCCAGUUUUCUAGAGUUGUCCUUCGAUGAUAAGUUGAUUAACGACAUCGCCGAGGCAGCCGGCUUUGAAGCGAUGAAACAAUCUUACUCUCAAUCCAACACGUUCUCUAGCGCCUUGCUUCGUAAAGGGCAAGUAGGCGAUUGGAAAAACUGUCUAACUGUGGCCCAAAGCGAGGCUGUGGACGAGAAGAUGAACAAGUUGGACGGGACACGUUUCACGACACAACGUUACGAGUUAUAAUAAAAGACAAAACAGCUUUGGUAGUUUUGUUUUGUUUUUAAAUCCUAAACAUUUUUUGUACAUCCCGUGUGUAUUUAUCUUUGCUUAAAGUCUUUUCCUGACAUACAAGACUGACAUAAAAAUAACAAAUAAGUGGUUGUUUAUCUAACAUAUUACACAAACAUCACCUGGAUGGAAGACGAGUCGACUCAACACGGUGUAAAUAAAGUUUAGAAAACUGAUUGUGCUGAGUUUGAAUAUUUGGUUGAACAUCAUGUGAAAAGCAUAUGUGUAUGCUAAUGUUCGUGUGUCUCAAUGCGUAAGUAUGUCUGUUAAUGUAUAUCAUUAACUGUAUUGCUCAUUUGACAAUUUGACAAGUGUGUCUAUUUUCUGUGUACGUGUUUGCGUUAAUCUGUUGGGUGUUUCAUAUAUAUUUUAUGUAUUUAUAUAUCUAUACUUAUUUUGUUUAUUUUUUAUUUAAAUAUGUGUUUACGUAUUAAUGUUCAAGAGUUUCUCUCAUUGUGUAUGUAUGUAUGUAUGAUUAUCAAUAUAUCCGGAUGUCUGUCAAAUGUGUAUGUUAAAAUAAUUGCAGACCCAACAACCCAUUUUUCUUCAUUUGAUCUUAAUUAA